CGGGUUUUCCUCCGCUCCCUUUUAGCCAAUGUAGACUCACCUGGACCCAGUCAGAGCUCUGCAUCCUGGGGAGCACACAGGUCUGGUGUGUUGGAGAUUAAGAAUGGCGUCGUCUGCUCUAGGAGACGAGCUGAGCUGCUCCAUCUGCCUGAACCUUUAUACGGUGCCGGUGUCGCUGAGAUGUGGACACAACUUCUGCCGGGAUUGUAUUGCGACUGCUCUGGAUACACAGGAGGGGUCCGGAGUUUAUUCCUGUCCGGAGUGCAGAGAGGAGUAUGUAGAGCGCCCUACUCUGGAGAAGAACAGGAAGCUGUGUAACAUUGUGGACAACUUCAGAUCUACACAACAAGAGGAGGAGAAAAGUGAGAUCCUCUGUACGUAUUGUGUGGAUUCUCCAGCGGGAGCUCUUAAGACUUGUCUACAUUGUGAGACUUCUAUGUGUGAUAAACACCUGACCGCCCACAACAAGACAGUGGACCAUGUGCUGGUGGAGCCCACCUCGUCCUUCCUUGGUAAAAAAUGCUCCAUCCACAAGAAGCUUCUGGAGUAUUACUGCUCUUACGACGCUGUCUGUCUAUGUGUGUCCUGCUGUCUGGUGGGAAAACACAAAGGACAUGAAGUGGAACUUCUAGAUGAGGCUUUGGAGAAGAAGAAAAAACAACUGAGAAGUAUUCUAGAAAACAUUACUAUGAAGAAAGAUACAAUUGAGAUGAGAAUUCAGAAUUUACUGGAACGCAAGAGUAAAGCACAAGAAAAAGCAGAUGACGAGAAGAAGAGGGUCACUGCCCUGUUUGAGGAGAUCAGGAGACAGCUGGAGGUCCAGGAACAGAGAGUCCUGAGUGAGAUCUCCAGGCAGGUAGAGGAGGUCUCACUGUCGAUCAAUGAUCUCAUAAAACAGUUGGAGAUCCAGAAUGAAGAACUGUCUAGGCAAGUUGGUCACAUCGAGAAUCUGUGCAUCAUGACUGACCCAAUAACUGUCUUACAAGAUCUUAAAUCGGAUACUGAUGAAGUCCUUCAAGAUCAGGAAUUGGACACGGAACAGAAUUUGAAGGAAUCUUCAGCUUGUGAUCUGGAUGAUUUUAUGAUUGCUCUUGCGUUGAACCGAUCUAUAACUGGUCUUAUCACUGUUAUGCAAUUACAAACCAACUUCAAUAUACAUUAUGCAACAGAUCUGCUAUUGGAUAUAAAAACCGCCAAUAAAUUUGUAGUUUUAUCUGAUGACCUGAGAACAGCAUCUGCUACUGAAACACAACAGAUUAGACCACCAUCACCACAGAGGUUUACAUUAUACAAUCAGGUGAUGAGUAUAGAAAGUUUUUUGCAUGGGAGGCAUUACUGGGAAGUAGAGGUCGGAGACUGUGGGGAUUGGGAUGUGGGUUUUUGCUAUCCCAGUAUAAAGAGAGCUGGAGAGAAGUCUAGUAUUGGGUAUAAUAACAAGUCCUGUCGUUUUGGCAAAAAUGAAAACCAGUAUUCUUGUACAAAUGACUUUCGGAAACAGAUGUUAUCCCCAGAGUCUCCUGUGAAGAGACUGGGAAUAUAUUUAGAUUAUGAAGGUGUCCGUAUGUCGUACUAUGAGCUGAGUGACUCCAUCCGACACCUCCACACCUUCACCAGCGCCACCACCAAACUCGUAGAACCCCUCCAUGCUGUCUUCUAUCUGAGUAGGGGAGCCUGGGUAAAGCUGGUCUCUCCAGUGUUUUCUAUAAAACCAUAAUUUUAUUCCUUUCCAUUUUUUCCUUUCCCUUUUCUCCCCUUCUUUUUCCUUUCCCCUUCCUCCCCUUCUUUUU